AUGAACAACUAUCGGUUAUCAACAUUCCAAGGUACAGUAAAUUACUUAAGUAAGGAUGAAAUGGAUAGGCUGAUGAAUGCAAAACCUACCAUUGAACACCUUAAAGAUGGUCGUCAGAUAGACCUUAUUACAAAGAAAGUAGUACGCAGUCGUUCAAGUAGUUGUAUAUAUGAAAUAAUUAAACCUUCAGGAGAGGUACUAUUAAUGCCUAAUUUGGCUGAAUCUGCUCUAAUGUUAGAUACAAGUUUUAAAACUUUAAAAAGACAUUUAGAGGUCUUAGAUAAUAAUUCCGAUGGUUCUAAAAUAGUAUUUAAGGGCUAUACUGUGAGAAGAAUCCCAGUGUUUUAUCCUAUUGCUUCUGAGUAA